GGUGGCUGAAGCAGUCAGUCCGAGUCCGGCGUUCCGUAGUUUCGCGCGAAUCCAAACAUAACCUCAAUCUGUUUACGAUCUUUUGUGGCCGGAAAUAAGAUGAACAACUCCGUUAACGGGUCGACGGAGAUGCUGAAGAAGGCUAUGCGGUCGAGGACAAAAUCGUGGCAGGAAGAGGCUCAGGAAACUGAUAUUGAGGUGCCCGGCACCCCAAAAACCCCUAGGACAUCCACUACCCCAGGUCACGAGAAAUGCUCCUUCCACCACGACUUGGAGCUGGACCAUCAGCCUCCCACAAGGGAGGCUCUCCUGCCCGACAUGGCCAGCUCUUACCGCAUGUUGCUGGGUUCCUUGGGCGAGAACCCUGACCGCCAGGGACUACUCAAAACCCCCGAGCGUGCUGCUAAGGCUAUGCUCUUCUUCACUAAGGGAUACGACCAGUGUCUGGAAGAUAUCCUCAAUGACGCGGUGUUUGACGAGGACCACGACGAAAUGGUGGUCGUCAAGGACAUCGAGAUGUUCUCCAUGUGCGAACACCACCUGGUCCCUUUCUACGGGAAGGUAUCCAUCGGCUACCUGCCCAACAAGAAGGUCUUGGGUCUGAGCAAGCUGGCGAGGAUCGUUGAAAUUUACAGCAGGAGACUUCAAGUACAAGAACGACUGACCAAGCAGAUCGCUAUCGCUGUCACGAAGGCGGUACAGCCGAUGGGCGUGGCGGUUGUCGUGGAAGCUGCACACAUGUGCAUGGUGAUGAGGGGCGUCCAGAAGAUCAACAGCAAGACCAUGACGUCGACGAUGCUGGGAGUGUUCCGGGACGACCCUAAGACCCGCGAAGAGUUCCUGAACCUGGUUCAACACCGCUAGACCUGACCAACAACGACUCACCCCAUCAAGUAUUAUCAAAGACAAUAACAUUCCCUGGGCGACACGAUCAUCCUCCCGUCUUUCAAUGGCAUUUAUCAUGGCAACUUAUUGUUUUUGUCGGCUGCAUGCAUCUGUACGGAAGGAAAAGUUAUGGUAUGAAUUGAUUGAUAAAGAUUGUUUUCGAGUUUGACCAAGAGUUUUAUUGUUAAAGUAUUUAAAUUGUUUGUAUUUUUAGAUAUUAUAAGUAUAUUUUUAUAUUUGUAGUUGUUUUCAUGAUAUUUCCAGUUAUAAUGGAAUCGUUUGUCAACGUUCGAGGACCAACUUAGUUCUAAGCUCUGGAUAGUGCAGUUGUUACGGUUGUUAUUAGUAAACAUAUAUUUUAACGAAA